CAUAAAUUAGUGCAGUGAAUCGCAAAAAAAGUAUUUUUUAAAGAAUGUGUGAUUAAAUGUUAAAUUCUUGUAUAUAAAAUUAAUAAAAACUUUGAAUUGUGCUUAUUUGAAAGCUAAUGAGUGAUGGAAAUAAGUGAAAAUGUCGAAAAUAAUAAGCAUCAGAGAAAUUCAGGAGUUUUACACUCGACACAGAGUCAACCAAUUUUAUUGGAUUGCGAAGAAAAUACGCAGGAGAAUAAGGAUAAAAGUGCUCAGAAAAGAUCCAGCAAACGUCGAGUGUCAUUUGCAAGUUCUUCGCAACUGACUCAAUUUUUGGAACCACUGAAUCCUUUCGAAUCUUUUGCAGUUCCAGUUACAAGUGCAGAAGAAUUGUCAAAUGUUUAUAAAAGAUCAUGCGAUAAGCAUAAAACUCAACCGAUUCCUGCUAUCAUUGAGCAUUUGGAGUCGUUGAAUUUUGAAAAGCUAUCAAACGAUAGAGCAGAUGCAUUGAAUUUGAAGCAAACCACACUUACAUAUGACUCGUGCGAGGCACUCGAGGAGCUCUUUAAGAGAGUCAAAUAUCGAACCAUUGAUUUAACAUCCUGCUCAUUAGAUGACAUUUCCGCAACAUCACUAUUUGACAUGAUUGAAUAUUAUGAGGCUUGUAAUGAAUUAAAUAUAUCCGAAAAUACCAACAUCAAAAAUCGUGGAUUACUAGCAUGCAUAAACAUGAUAAAACGGUCUCAAGCACUUCAUAGUUUAUCGACUAGAGGAACAAUAAUCAGCGAUUCAAAUGCAAGUUCUCUUGGAAACGCUCUACUGUCAUCGUAUAUCUACACAUUAAAAUUAGAACAUGCACAGCUAAGUGGAAGACCAAUUUUGUGCUUAAGUGGUGCUUUACAGAAAAAUAGGGUCUUGAAGGAGCUAUGUCUUGCAAAUAAUGAACUGACACCCAAUGAUGCCUUUCAUAUUGGAAAUAUCUUGAAAAACAAUUAUCAUCUACAGCUACUCGAUAUUUCCAAUAAUGACAUCCAGAAUGAAGGAUUUCGCCAUUUAGCUGAAGCGUUGAGUUAUCAAUCAGUUCAUGUCAGCAAAACUUCAUCAGCUGACUCGUUAUCAUCGUCAUCAAUAAACAAGUUUGAUUUUAAUGAUUUUACGGCAAACUUAAACAAUAUCAACAAUAAUCGGAAUCGUUUUUCUCCAACUCCACCUCCGCUACAAAAUAAUAAAAAUAAUAAUAAAUCUCGAAAUGAAAAUUCAAGUAUAAUAAGCGUUAAUAAUAAUAAUAAUAACAACAGUAUUUUACCAGUAUGUGAUAGUGACAAGUCAAACGAUGCAACCGGCCGGAAUGAGGAUGAAAAGCAACAGCAGCAACAAAAGAACAAGGAACAAUCUGAGAGUGCUAAGAUAAAAAUAGGCGUUGAACCGAGCAUUAGCAGUGAAGGAGGAAGCAGUACGACGACUAUUGCCAUAACAAGUACAAAUGUGAUUGAUGAUGCAAAGAGUUCAGCUAACAAUAGCAAUCGUAAGUUCAAAUAUACGUCUGAAUCAUUAUCACCCAUUUCGCACGGUUAUGAUGAUUCGACAGGUACUCAUACAUUGUUCAGUUCGCAUUCGCCUGAAAGAUCAUUUAGCUCGGAAAGUUUAUGCUCAACAGAAUCUGUUGAGUCAAAUGACUCGAAAUCAUCGAUAAGAUUGAUCGAGUCAAAGUUCAGUAAUAGAAAUGGAACAUUGGAAAGACAAAGUUAUAAUCAUUAUUCUUCAUCAGCUGUACAAGACAGUGCUGACAAGAAAUUAACUGGAUUGCAAGUAUUAAUUUUAUGGAAUAAUAAUCUCUCAUCAGCGUGCGCUCCGAGCACUGCAGAUCUCUUUGAAUGUACAGAAUACUUACAAAUAAUUAAUUUUGGACAAAAUUAUAUAGGCAAUGAAUUUCUAGUGAGCAUAAAAUCGUCACUUAAAUUGAAUGAGAGUAUCAUAAGCCUUGGCAUGCAAGCAACAAAUAUAACAUGUGAUGGCCUUAAAGUUCUGGCAGAAGUUAUUGAGUUUGGUGGAAAUACAACACUUCAAAGAAUCGAUUUGAGAAAUAAUAAUUUAUCUUUAACCGGAUUAAGUACAUUAAGUGAAGCUUUAAAUUCAAACAAGACUAUAACACGAAUUGAUUUAGAUGAUGCGCCAAAGAAUGAAAUGUUACCAGUUAAUGCUGAAUUUCAGCGACUAAUAAGUACGAUAAGGCAUCAAUGUUCAAUUAAUGAAAAUCCACCAGAACAACAACAGCCGUCUGAACAAAAACCAUCAUCUACGGCAACAUCCACAAAUAAGUCGCGAACUAAAAAGCCACAUUUUACAUCGAGAAAAAUCUCCUUGACAGUUAUUCCAUCUGGCGUUAAAAUCGUACCGAAACAACAAUUGCUUGAACCAAUUAAGAAGCAAACUAUUAAUCGUUCACCAAGUCCUAUAUUAUCUCCGUCUUCGCCUUUAACCAGCCCAUCAAGGAGUCCAUCCCGUAGUCGUUUUCAAGUAUCGAGAGUCUCUGAAAGCUCAAGUAGUGGAAUUGGAAGUAAAUCUCCAUCAUCAAGUAGCAGUAGUCCAACAUUUUUUCCAUCAUCCACAUCAUUAAGUUCUCGUUUUCGAGUUAUUGCUGUUAAUGAAAUUCCAAAAAAAUCCGAUAUCAAUAAUCAACCAAUCACGCCAUUGAAAGUGUCAGAACAGCAAAAAUCUGAAAACAUAAUGACGAUGACAAGAAAAGAAAUCGAUAUUUCCACAAUACCACCAUCCAUAAAGCCUAUUUUGAAUAUUCAUUCAAUAGCAUCGUCGCAAAGUGACGAUCAACUUGAUUAUGAGGAAAAGAGAUUUAUCGAUUUAGAUAGCUGUUCAUCAUUUAGUAGUUCGAUUGAUUCAAUUGAUCGACAAACUGAUAUCAGUUCAACUGACAGUUUUGAUUUGGUAGAAAAAACACCAGCCGAUAUAAACGAUAAAACCAUAAAUAAUAAUGAUGAAGUUUCCGAAGAUAAGAAAGAUAUAUUUAGUAAUGAAAACACUCUAACUGUAUCGACAUCGUCAUCAUCGUCAAAUGAAGGAUUGACGCUUACAACAAAUAGUCCAGCAGAAUUAUCUCCAAAACAGGAGCCACAUAAGAGAACGAGAAAAACAUCAUGGAUUCAUUCAGCUAUAAGUGGAAGUAGUAAUAAAAAUAAUACUAAUAAUGAAAACACAUCGGCAUCAUCUUAUCCUGCUACUCUAGAUAAAUUGCUAAAUUUAUUUCAUCAUCCAAGUAGUAUUUUUUCAAAAACUAGUCCCGAUUCUUCAUUAAAAGCUAGUAAUGAAGAUCAUUCACCAUCACAGCAAUUACUCCCACCACAAAAGAGUUCAGGAAUGGGACAAAAGGAGAAUUCAAUUAGUGGAUUUUUACAGUCAUUGGUAUCAUUAACGCAUAACAAAAAGGAGGAAAAGUCUCCUCAAGAAUCGACCAUUUUACAAAAUAUUUCACCUGAAAACACAAUUGGAAAGAAUGCCUCCAACUCACAAAUGGUUCUCGAAUCACUUCCAAAAAGCAUCAAGAAAGAAUUGAAAGAGAACAUUUCGCCAGAAAAUACAAUCUCGUCGGAGAAUUUAGCUGGGAUAGAGAAGCAACAAAGGGGAUUGUCAAAAGUCGUAUUUGUUGUUGGUGAGGAUAGUAGCCUUGAUUUUUCUGAAACAUCAUUCGAUGAGUCCUCACAUUCUGCAAUGUUGAAACCAAAUGAUCCAAAAAAUGAUGAUUUAUCUUUUGAAAGUCAUCCACAUUCUCUUGGAGAUAUAGCACGAGAUUCACUGGCAGUUUUUAAGUCAACAAAUGAUCAACAGGAUGAAUCAUAGAUGAUAAUUUGCAGAACAAAUGUGUUCAGUCACUUCAAUUGGUUGAAUGGAACGGACUCCUUUAUUUCAGUUCAUAUUAUUAUAAAAAACCAAAAUGGUUAAAAAAUUCAAAAAAAAAACAUUGCGAUUUGGUGACUUUAAAUUAAAAACAAAAACAAAAAAAAUUAUAGCUUAAAUAUAGCAGCAGAGAAUGGUGGUAUUUGUUCUCACUACUUAUCAAGAAUCACAUUUUGAUUUCGUUUUAGCUAGAUUACUUAGAUAUUACCAUUAAAUUAAAACUACACAUAAUAAUAAAAAUAAGAGGAAUCUAUUAACGAAAAUAUUCCCACCAUUGAUUGUAUAGGAACAAAAAAACAAAACAAAAAAAAUAUAUACAUGUAUAUUAAUGAAAGGAUCAUUUAUCGAAAAACAAAAAACAAUUGGAAAAAUAAUUUGGAAUGUAAAAAAGAAAAAUAUGAAAGUGUUUUUGAGAUUUUCACAAUAUCACAUGGAACUAAAAAGUCUGAAUUAUUGGAUAAAUGAUCCCACACAUAACAAAAAAAAAAUCUUUAUGAAAAUCACGUUUUUAACAAAAAUAUCGAAAAGAAAAUUCCAAUCCCUUUUAAUGUUUUUUUCCCUAGCUAGUAACGAUUUCGAGAAACAAAAAAUAAGCACCUAUAUUAAUUUUUUAUUAAGAGCGCCUACCUAUCUAUUUCUUUUUUCUACAUUCAAUAUACCAAAUUUCUUCUUUGACAAGAUUAUAAUUUUUCUGUGAUAAGGGUUUAUUCACAUUACUUUGUGGAUUUUUAAUAAUCGAUAAAUGCUAUUCAUGUGGUAAUUAUGUGACUUUUACAUGAGCGAUGUUUAUCUACGUUCAGUCACGUCAGUUGACAUAAAAAAAAUAUGUACAUUAAAGAAAAAGAACUACUUAAGUUACACUUUU